UAUCUUACCAAACAAAUAUGGCGACUGGCUGGGAUGGGAGCCGCUUGCUGUUCUCUGUUUUACAACAUAACAACAGGCCUUUUCAAGUAUCUCUUACCUCUAAAUCUCUCUYCUGGACUUCAGAUGGCAUAGAGGAAUACAAAUCAAAGCAUAGUUGUCACAUAAACACAAUUCCUUUGAAAGAAAUAGUAACCAUUACCCCAUUCAAUCAAGACAAUGUCAAUCAAGACAGUAAUGGAGAUCUUGAAAUGUCAUCAUUAAAAUGCUCAUUUGUUGUGCACAUCAUAAGAAGGAUGAAGCAUCAUAAAUGGCGGACAAGAGCACUUGUAUUUGAGUGUCAGACUAGCAGACUCUGUCAACAAUGGAUAGAUAUUGUCCAACAACAGCUUGCUAGUACAAUACGACCCAAAAGGCUUCUAGUGUUCAUCAACCCUGUUGGUGGCAAGAAACUUGCCGGAAAGAUCUACAGAGAAAAGAUACAACCUUUGUUUGAACUUGCUGAUAUAGAUGCUGAAGUCAUAGUGACUGAGCGUGCUAAUCAUGCAAAAGAUUAUUUAGAAGUGGAAGACCUAGAAAAGCUUGAUGGUGUUGUGACUGUUGGUGGUGAUGGGAUGUUUCAUGAGAUCAUUAAUGGGCUUAUAAGAAGGACUCAAAGAGAUCAUGAUAUUGAUACAUCAUUAUCUGACUUCAAACCAAUACGGCCUGGUCUGACAAUUGGUAUCAUUCCUGCAGGUUCGACUGACACUGUUGCAUAUUGUACUACUGGAAUCAAUGACCCUGUUACCUCAGCUCUACAUAUAAUCAUAGGUGAUGUUCAUCCAUUGGAUGUUUGCUCUGUCAAGCACAGGUCAGAGGUUCAGAGGUAYUCUGUKUCCAUAGCAGCAUAUGGAUUUUUUGGAGAUGUAUUGCAGGAGAGUGAAAARCUUCGCUGGAUGGGACCAAAGCGUUAUGACUGCUCUGGUUUUAAGAAAUUUAUGUUGAACAGGGGCUAUGAAGGUAGCAUUAGAUUUUUACAUGAUGAAGGUCUUGAUUCUCAUCCGCAAGAYACAACACGCUGCAGGACAGGGUGUUUUGUAUGCAAACAAGCUCCUCAWGAGAAUGACUUUGUUGAUAGUUCUGAUGGUAAUGGUGGUCCAGCUAUACAAAAAACCUCUGGRUCAAAGUGGAAGACAGUAGAUGGCCGGUUCAUCAGUAUCAUAGCCGCCAACAUGUCAUGUGCCUGUGCAAAAAGUCCCGAGGGCCUCUCCCCUAGUGCACACCUUGCUGAUGGCUGUAUGGAUCUCAUAUUAGUCAAGCAUACGUCUCGGUUCCAUUACCUUAGACACAUGCUGCGGCUUGCAAGUAAAGCUGAUCACUUCAACUUUCCAUUCGUGGAUGUCUUCCGUGUCAAAGAAUUUCACUUCAAACCUUUUCAUCACGUUGACAACGCCGAGGAAGARGACGGAGGACUGGAGGCCAUUAGCGCAGUGCAUAGUGACAUACAAACACUAGAAGCUGCUUCUAAACAAAGAAAAAACAAACAAAAUGUUAGAAGUUCAUGGAAUGUGGAUGGUGAAUCAGUAGAACAACCUGUGAUCCAUGUCAGAGUCCAUCAUCAGUUGAUAAAAGUUUUCGCAAGAGGAAUUGAAGACUACCAUGAUACACCGACAUGCGCAAUAUGUUACAGGACUUGAUGYCACUUGCCCGUUGUGCGUCCUUCCAUUUAUAACAUAAUACGUUAAACUACAGUGUAAUGCGUAAAGGAUUAAACCAAUAAUAACGUCAGAAGAUGACGUUACUGACGUUUCCAUGGCGUCUUUUUCAACGCCAAAAACGUCAGUAGCUUUUUCAUCUUACCACGGAUUAUAAAAUGAAUUAUAACGAUUAAAUCAAAAACACAUUUUUCACAACUUUACGGUCGGAAAGAAGGGGGUUGGUUUAUGGAGAGGAUUCCGGGCAGGGGGGCCCGGCAGGAAAAAGUAUUUUGCGCAUGGAGGGAAUUAUGGGUAUGUUUACAAACCCAAGUAAAUGUUAGUCAUUUCACUUAUCAAUCGAUCAACGCAUUGAAUAGAGAUCUAAGUUUUUCAUUGGAAAUGUAAGUAAUGUAUGUAAUAAGGUUUUUGUUAUACCCAUAAUUCCUUUCGGUCUGCACCUGUACUAGCUUCUUUUCGCSAUGUGUUGGUUUGUUUUUGGCGGUUAAGAGUAAAGUAAAGCGGUAAAAUAUUCGAUACUUUGUAAAGAAAAUGUAAUAAGGAACAAAACAAAAAAGGUUUUGUUUUUAAAUUUUUAAAGAUACUUCAAGUGUCUAUAUAAUUGUAGAUAUUGUAAAUCAAUUUAUUGUAAUAUAAUAUUAUAUUUAAUG